CCAGCAUAUGCAGCAGCACUAGACUAUUAGACGCUUGGCAGAAUUCGCUGCUGAUAAUGACGGCACAUCUGCGUACAUUCGCAAGGAUGCAUGCGUCUUGCUCCUCAGAUUUGCAACAAGUGAGACGAUGCAGGCUCGGCUCGCGUCUACAAGCUCGCAACACGCGAACAGUACACAGUGCCGGGCUUGUGCACUGCCAUUGAGCAUCAAGGACAUGAAGAGCUGAUUCUUCUUGCCAGCAUCACGAAUUCAACCGGGUUCAUGCACUUUGCCAAUGGUCACAACCAACUGGCUCAUACCGUCGGCGGCUACAUCGAGUUUGCGCAUGGGUUGUGAGAUCUGUCUGUCUUUGCUUUGCGUACUGACGGCUUGUUGGUCGGCAACACACGUCGCAAGUCUACAUCGCAGCGGUGCGAUCAUUCUGUUCCUCGCCAAGCUUCGCGCCGUGGUGCAGCAGUCUGUUGUCAUGGAGUUCUCAAGCGAUACUUCAGACAAGCACUGGUGCUAGUUCUACAGCAGGCUGCGCAAUUCACGGAGUCGGGAUUCGAGCAGUAGCAAGGGCAAUUAUUG